AUGGAGUUGUUAUAUAUAGUCAAAGCGUUAUUUAAUGGUAGUAAUAGUACAUCUACUACACCUCAACAACUGAAAGGUAAAAUAAUAACGGGGAAACCUCAAGAUUUAUCACCUCACGUGUUUAACGAUAUCAUAAUUAUAAAACAGCAGUUGAAACAAUAUGAUAACCAAUUUUAUAAUAAGUUAUUUAAAUUAUUAGAAGCAAAUCAUUCAAAAGAUCUUAAAGCUCUUCGAAGGAAAUACAAUAGAUAUACAUCUACUCCACAUGCUUCCACAGAUAUUGCACAAUAUCAAUUAGAAUUAUUCAGAUUAUACAAAUCACAUUUGGACGAUUAUAUCAAUCUUUUAAACUUCUAUAAGAAUAACUAUCACAAUUCAUUAUAUCAUUCAAAUAAACAACUAUUAAGUCUAGCUGCUAAUAUGGAAAUAGACGACGAUGAAGCCCCAGAUCAUUUAUUAGACCCCAUUUCAUUCAAUCUCUUCCAAGAUCCAGUUGUCACUCCUAGUGGUAUUACAUAUGAGAAAUGUCAUUUGGUUAAGCAUUUGAGACAAAAGGGAAAUUAUGAUCCUUUGAGUAGACAACCAUUGUUUGAAAAUGAAUUAUAUCCUAAUUUGAUCAUUAAAGAAGGUGUAGAGCAUUUUAAACAACUGCGUAGUAAUGCUAGAUGUGAAGUAGCCAAAUAA